CAGCAUUCAGCAGACAAAAGGUGUGGAAUCUUCGGUCCAUACAACCCCUCAAAAUGUUAUUCAUGGUGCUUGGAUGAACUUCCGGCCGUUACUGCCAUCUGCCCACGCUCUGGAAAUAUCUCUGGUGAAGAAGUUCUGGAUUUUGGAACAUAACGCGAUAUAUUCUGGUUUCCAAACUCAAAGAUUAUGAAAAUAGGAGGGAGAGCCGGAGACGAUGAAGAUGAGUAAUAGGGCUUCUGCCUCUGCUUAUCUAAUCUGAUCUGCUUGUGCUUUUCGUUCUCCUGGAAAUACUGAAUGGGUACAGCUCCUAAAUCUUUGAACUCUCUUAUUUUCUUCUUCUCGAAUCAUUUGAUUCUUGAUUAUCGUCGUGUAUGGCAUCUUUCAUUCCAUUCUUCAAGUACUUACUAUCUCCGUAGUGUAGCUACCAACUCUUCCACCAGAGUUCGAGAAUAUGGGGAAAGCCCCAAUCAGUUGUUGACAUAUGUAAGAGAUCAAUGCAAAACUGGGACCUUCAUGAAUCUUGACGGUGCAUUGGGCUUAUUCGAUCGGAUGGUCCGCAUGCACCCUUUGCCUUCUGUUGUGUCUUUUAAUCAAUUGCUGACAUCAAUUGCAAGAGCGAAGCAUCACUCAACUGUGAUCAAAUUGGUAAAACAAAUGGACUUGUUAGAAAUUGCUCCUAAUAUUCGUACUCUCACUAUUUUGGUUAAUUGCUUGUGCCAUCUUAACCGUGUGGAUUUGGGGUUCUCUGUUUUGGCAAAAAUUUUGAAACUUGGUUUUCAACCGGACUGUGUGUCUAUAAACACUCUUGUCAUGGGGCUCUGUCUGCAGGGUAAAAUUACUGAAGCGGUAAAUUUGGCUGAUGAAAUGGGGGAGAAGGGAUAUAAACCUGAUCUAUACACCUAUGCGACCAUAAUUAACGCACUGUGUAGGGUAGGUGAUGAGACAUCAAGGGCAGUAGAAUAUAUUGAAAUAAUGGUUGACAAGGGUUUCUUUGCAGAUGAAACAACUGCGAGCAUGGUGAUUGAGUUGUUGUGUGCUAAUAAAGUUGAUAAGACAAUUCGAGAGUGGUUUGAGAAGCUUUUGUAAAAGGCUUUCUUGGUUUUCAAUGCCAAGAACAUCUAUAUACUUCAUUGCUUCACUAGCUGAUCUAUAGGGAAUGCUUAUUUACUUCAAGUGAAUUUUAAAUCUCUCAUUUUUAUGGGCAAGAUUGAUCAGUCCUCCUCCUCUAUUAUCUUUCAUUGAAAUGUUUGUCUGGUGGAAAGCACUUAGAGCGGAAAUUAGACUCUGAGAUUUUGGUGGUUGUAUCUCCAUUGUUUCCUCCUGUGAAUGUAUUUAAAUUUUCCCUGAUGAUAUUAUGUUUGUGAGUAGUAUGUUGGAAAUGUUGUCUAAUAGAAAUAUUUAUUAUGCUGAAUUGUACUGCAUUAACCUCUAUGAUAAGGUGCAGUAAGUACCUUACUCAUUUUUAAAGCUGGGUGCCCUUGUAUCAUAAACUUGCUGUAACUUUUUGUAUAUUGGACUGUGAACCAAUCAAGACUAGUGUACAUUGAAUAGAUUAUCAACUUAAGGAAGUUGCUGAUAACGGGAUCUGCUUGUUUGUUCAUGGGCUAGAGUUUAAGCAAUUUAGUUGCAGUAAGGCACAAAAGGUAGCCGCUUGAUGAUCAUGAAAUCCUCUACUUUAUGAACAUGAGAGAUGCUCUCUAUUAUAAUUUAUAACAAAAGUAAGAUAUCAUGGACAUUUGCUGGUCUGAUCUUGCAUUGGUGCAAAACGUAGUGCUUACUGGUUAUACCACUGUGUUUACAAUCAGAAUGGACAAUCCAACUGUAAUCAGUCUAUGUUACCGUCUAUCUCAAACCUUCUGAUUGGCUUUGGCUUUGGUCAUAGCCCAACAUGAAUUUUUUCAAAUGGUCUGAACCUCAUGAUUUCUGAUUGCUAACCUGUUUACACAUAAUGCUCUUCUUUAGUGUCACCAAUGAUGCUUGAACCUUGAUUUAUCUGAUUGUCCAUAUGCUAGCAUUUUCCAUCAGAAGGCCACAAUGCCAUUUAAUUCUGUAUCACACAGCCGUCAGAAUUUAGAGUAAAGUACAUAGAAGUUAGUUUGGCUCUUCUGAUUGUUCCAUGCCUCCAUCCCUCCCAUUUAGAUAGAACUCCAUCUCUACUGCUUAGUUCUUUGUACUUUUGUGUACAUAUAGGUUGCUAGAUUUUCGAAAUUUGUAAGUGAAGAUGCAGAAAUGCUGUUAUCGAGCAACUGACGUUGUUUCUUCCCAACUUAUGUCUCAAAUGUAUUCUGUAACGUUUUUUGAAUUUACUUUCAGUAUAACUGAAUUUUGACCGCAGGAAGUGUGAAGUCAUCCACCUCUGCUGAGCAAUGCCAGGUGUGAAACAAGAUUAAAUAAUAUAACUCAGUGGGGGUCUUUAUUGAGCAAUUAUUGUAUUCCUAAGCACCAAGUAUAUUUGCUACAGGCAAUUCUUAUUCUUGUCCAAGCUGAUAUGUUGGCCUUUUACUUUUUCCUUUCUUCUACCUCAUUGCUUCUGCCCAUUUAUGUUUCUUAUUUUCAAGGCUUGUUUUGUUUGUAUUGCCAAAAAUGGUGUUUGUAAUUACAAGAUUAAAUUUGACUACGGUAGUUUGAAACUUGUGACUGCAGAAGAA